AUGAUUGAUGAAGAUUUUUCUACACGAUUAACAAAUCUACUUUCAAUAUCCACUAGUUAUUCAGUUAAUGAUAUAACUUCCUUUUCACAGCUCCGAGUUAGACUUAAAAUACCGAGAAUUCACUUAGACAUUUUAUUAAGAAUCAUCGAAAUUACCACAGAUAUCUUGAAAUCAGAGCACAAUGUUAUGAAAAUUCAAUCACCAAUUCUUAUAGUAGGAGAUUUACACGGACAUUUACUUGAUUUGCUCAGAAUUAUUUCGAAGCAUGGUUUGCCACCUAAAACACGCUAUUUAUUUUUGGGUGACAUAGUUGAUCGUGGAGAGUUCUCUCUUGAAACGUUAACAUUAGUUUUCACAUUGAAAAUUUUAUUUCCAGAGAACGUGUUUAUUAUCAGAGGAAACCAUGAAUUCCCAGAAAUGUUUGAAACAAACGGUUUCUCAAACGAAAUAUACAAUACAUAUGGAGAAAAUAAAACUCUUAUUGAAAAACUUUCGAAUUGCUUUGGAUAUAUUCCCGUAGCUGCGAUUAUUGACAACAAAUAUCUUUGCAUACACGGAGGCAUUGGACAAGAAACAGAAUCAAUCGAGCAAAUUGAGCGAUUACCUCGACCAAUUAUUAAUUUUACAAAUGAUUUAUUAAAUGAACUGGUUUGGUCUGACCCUGCGCCAGGGAUUCCUCUAUUUAUGCCAUCGGCACGUGGAGUUGGUUAUUUAUUUGGACAAAAGGCUGCACAAUCUUUUUUACAGAAAAACAAUAUCGAAUUAAUUAUUAGAGGUCAUCAAGUUACAUUUGAAGGCAUCGAACGAACAAUUGAUGAAGUACUAACAGUAUUCAGCGCAUCAAAUUAUUGCGGCAAAAAUGGAAACAAAUCCGGAAUUGCAAUAAUUGAAGAAGGAAAGCUUUCAACAUUGGUCGAACAACCAUUGAAUUAUAUUCUAAGGAGUCAGGUACACUUUUACGAUACAGAUUUACACUCUUUUGAAACUUCUGGAUCAAUUAAUCAAAAUGACCUUCGUGGUCCAAGCCUUCCGAAGCUUCUUGGACUUUCAUCAAGAUCUCUGCGUGGGAAAAACCCAAUUCCACUUGCUCAUUCUACUUCACAACCAAACCAAAGAAGUAAUCUAUCUCAUCAUCCAACCAAAAAGCCAGUUUCCCUUAGAAAACACUCUCUUAUGAUAUAG